CCGUCGCUCAGAGCCGCCGCCGCCGCCAUGGCCCGAUCCUGGCUCGUGGGGUUGUUCCUGGGGUUGUUGUUGGUCCGGGGCCCCCCCGGGGGGGAAGGGGGGACCCCCGGGGGUCGCCGUGACGACGAAGAGCGUCCCCAUCACCGUGGCGACGAAGGGCGUCCCCGUUGCCAUGGCGACGAAGGGCAUCCCCGUCACCAUGGCGACGGGGGAGGGGGACCCCGGGUUGGUUGUGGCGGAGGGGAGGGCGAUCAGGGCGGCGACGGUCGCCAUGGCGACGAGGAAGAGCAUCAUCAUCAUCAUCAUGACGAUGGGGAUCCCCACGGCCAUCGCCAUGGUGACGGGGAACCCCCUCACCAUCAUCUUCAUCACCUUGACGAUGGCCGUGGCGACGAGGAAGCCCACCACCGCCAUCAUCAUCAUCAUCAUCGUCACCACGACCCCGCCGGCCAUCGCCACGGCGACGAGGAAGGCCCCGCCAACGAGGAGGAGGAAGGUCACCGGCCCCGUGGCCGUGAUGACGAUGAUGAUGAUGAAGGUCACUGGCCCCAUCACCGUGACGACGGCGAAGGUCACGCUGAGGACCCCCGCCAUCGCCACGGCGACGAAGGCCGUCGCCAUGGCGACCACCCCCACGGCCUUGGUGACCCCCCCAGCUCCGAAGAGGAGGAUGAGGAUGAUGAUGAUGAUGAUGAGGAGGAAGAGGAUGGUGACGAGAAUAGCUCUGAGGAGGAUGAAGGGAGCGAGGAGGAGGAGGAGGAGGAGGAAGAGGAUGAGGCCGAAGGGCGAUACCAGCCUGGCUCCAUCUGCCGCUACUGCACCUUCUGCAAGCACUGCCAGGUCUGCGCCCGCUGUCCCUGCGCCGAGGGUGACACCGGUGACCACUGUCCCCACUGCCAGGGGUGCCAGUUCUGCUACCUGUGUCCCCUGCUGUGUGACACGGCCUGCCAGCCCGGGAGCCUCGUGGAUGAGCUCUCGGGGGCUUUGCUCCAGUCGCUCGCGAGCUUCUUUGAGGCACCAGAGGCCUGAGUGGAUUUUGGGGGGGGGGCCUGGGGGGGGCCCCCCCUUUGCUGCGCACCCCCCACCUCCCCCCCCCCCACCCUUGUGCCCCCCCGAGGGGGGGGGGUUGGAAAUAAAAGGCCUGAAAUGCU